AUGGCCGAAUCUACCGGUCUCAUGGACGAUACGAUUGACUGGAUCAAUCAUAAAACUCACACGCCAAAUCCUGUAUCAGAUCAGCUUUCCGGACCACAAUGCGACCAUCUUGAUUUCACACCCAACCUGAAAAUUCCGCCCAUUUCGCAAGGCUUUGACAGCUUUCCCACUACUGGGAAUGUCAUCAACUAUGCUUUCAUUACCAACAGCAAGAUCAGAAACACGGUCAUGAACAAAGUUGUCUGCUUUAACGUUACGAUGAGAGAUCCUCGAAUUACAAAUACUUCGAUCCUCAAUUAUGUGGAUACAAACCGCAUUCCCACUUUCACAACGCUUGAUAACGCUGAUAUUGACGACGCUUUUGUCUUCAACUCUAUCAUCGUCACCUCUAAUAUCGACAAUUGCGACGUUGCUGAAUCAACCCUUGGCAAUGCUAAACUCAUUAAUCCCGUCUUCUGCCCGUUUCUGUUUCCAGAGCUACCGCUUUCAGUCCAGCACAAUUCGACCAACGCCGGGGUCCAGAUUGAUUAUAAUAUAACACCUAUUACGACUUUUAACACACCCGACAUUACAUCUCAAAACCAAGAAAUAUCGAAUUAUUCAGCUCGAGGCAUGCAAGGGGCUCUCCGAAAUGACACACACGUGGCUACUCAAUUAUCAUUGAACCUGCUCGAAGAGGCUCAGGCUCCCUUCCAGGAUUCCAUACCGGAUAUUGGCAGCCACGGGGAACACAACAGUGAAGACCAAGUGGAAACCUCGACCGAAAAUGUCUCGAUUCUACCAAAUGUAUCAUCACCUAUCGGGAUUUAUGCGACCCCCAUUUCUGAUUGCAGCACACCCUAUGACAAAGUUGCUGCGCCAUCUUAUAAGCCAAAAAAACGAACACGAAAACAAUUGGUUUUGAAAGGAAAGAGAAAGAGACGAACAGAACCAAAGCCGCGUGUGGAGAAUACAAAUAAAAACAUUCUUGCUCUUCUCAAAAAUUGCGUUUGUGGGAGCAAAAGCAAAGAACUCAACAACAAACAAGCACGGGAGGUUCAGACAGUUGCGGAUUACAUGCUUGUGAAUGAUUGUCAUGCAUUAUUACAGCCUCAACUAAAGAAAUGGCAGAAGAAUUUGUCCAGUGAUAAGCACGCCCUCGGAUUCCCGCCUUUGGAAAAGAGUGCGACAGCUGCGGCGAAAUACUUCGACCUACUCCAGUCUGAGAGACUUCUUAAGUAUAGCCUGGAACACCGCAUGGCGCUCAUUUCUUUUUACUUGAUUUAUCUUGAAAUCGCCCGUGAAAUGAGGGAUAAUGAAGACCUCGGUGACUACGAGCCUCGAUCUGGAGACGACAGAUUUACAACAAUGGCCAACGACAAGAUCCUAGCGACAAUCCACGGGAUUAAAGUACAGACCAUCAGCAAGGAAGAAAUUGAUCGUGGUAGAGCAAGGCUGAACGAGUUUCAUCGCUGGGGCAAACGAUGGUGGACGCUUGCGAGUGGUGUCGGUCUUGGAGUACUACUUGUACCCGGUGAACAGCUCGCUAUGGCAAUCAGAAACGAGAAAUUUGCCAUGAGCCAAAUAAACGCGUUGAUAACGUAUAUCAAAGCUGCUCGCCCAGGAUGCCUUUUUUUCUUCAAAUCAUUGGAGAAUAUCGCAAAGGCAAUAAUGUUUGGGCAACUGCCUGGUGACCUGAUCCAGGCUUUGAAUGAAAAGGAAGGUGACCUUCUCGGCCGGACUACACUGAUGCGAGUAAACGAGCAGGAUGAGAUGAGCUUGUCUAUUCAAAAGGACUCAGAUUCUUGGGAAGAUGUGGAGAUGGAGUCACUCGCGUUGCAGAAAGCUGCUUUGUUUUUUGAACCUUGA